CCUAAUUAACCUAAUAAACAAUAACCUAAUAAAUAGACCUAAUUAAGCCGCUAUCAAAAAACUGAAGAAUUGAAUUGCCACCAAUCUCGAUCUGUCUAUCUCAUUCCAUCCCUUGACAAUCAAACCAAAGAUCAAACCACGGCCUCGUCUUGUCUGCUCAUGAAUAGCCGGCAGUUUCUGACAGCACUGCGGCGAUAAAGAGCUCUUGUCAAGCAAAUUGAAAACAUCGAUCGUAGAAAUAAUAACGCAUAUGUCUUAAGGAGGGGUGUCUCUAAAUAAAUCAAGAUGAAUCUUGCUAAAAAAAAAUGCAAUCGUUUUCAAAAGGAAGCUUGGAAUAGUUAAUGAGGCAGACUUUACAUUAUAGAGAUAGGAGAAAACUCACCACCGGAACUGUUUGGAUCCCCAGGAUGCACCGCUUCGGCAGGGACGGAAGAAAAGGGGUGCUGUCCUUACAAAGUGGAGAAGCCGUGCUGCUGAGAUGUGGCUGUGGGUGCUGGGCGUGCUCCUGCUCCUCUUCUCUUCCCUGGAUGUGUGGUACUUCGUUCGGGGGGUGGCUGUGGUUGUCCAUGCCUGGUUCCAGCCCGUCGUGAGAGACAUCCUGAGGGAGCAGUGUUUCGGCGGGAGGGUGCUGCCCCAAGACAUCGACUUCAUGGGCCACAUGAACAACGCCCGCUACCUGCGCGAGUGUGACUUUGCACGCUUCUCCCUCUACACCCGCAACGGCGUCUUCAGGGCCAUUCGUGCCUUGGGGGCCGGCAUGGUGCUGGGGGCGUCCACCAUCCGCUACCGGCGCUCACUGACCCUGCUCGAGCCCUUCGAGCUGCGCAGCCGAAUCUUGGCCUGGGACCACAAGGCCUUCUUCCUGGAGCAGCAGUUCGUCUCCCGUGCCGACGGCUUCGUCUCCGCGGUGAUGCUCUGCCGCCAGAACGUUCUGCGCAGCACUCCAGACAAGAUCGUGCAGCACCUGUGCAAGAGAAAGGUGGAGAGUCCGGAGUUUCCAGAGGACCUGAAGCACUGGAUCAGCUACAACAGCGCCAGCAGCCAGACACUGAGAGCAGAGAGCGAACUGGCAGGGAAAUCUCAGUGAGGAACAACCCCCUUCAGGACCACCACACUUCAACAGGACAAGCAGCUUCACUAUUGUGUGGGACUGGAUUCUGUUUGUUUUUUCAUAGUUCAGCAGGAAACAUGCAACAGAGCAUCGCUCCGGGGCUUAGUGUUUGAGACUCACACUAGCCCUGCUGCACCCAGUCACAGGUUUCAGAACUCCCCUCAAUGGUGUCUCUUAUUGAAAGGAUCAGGAGUCAGAAGUUUGUGCAGUUAGAUGCAUUGUUAAAUAUUUUUUUCCUCCCCUUAUAGUUGCAUGUACAUCUCGUAUUAAUAUAUCUAUAUACUCAGGUGAGACCAGAGCAGAUUUAGCAGGGGCCUGCUCAUUUCAAUAUACCUGAACAAGUGGAGUUCUGCAAACCAGGCCUGGGUGCAGGACUGCUGUGUCUUUCUAUCCCUGCCUGUACAAUACAAUAAAGUAACCAUACAUUUGAGAGAGAGUACAUUUCUUACCCUACAUGAAAUCCAUCCAAUAGCCCGUUAGUCCAGUAUCUCUUCUCCUAUUUGUUCUGUUUAUCAAUUAUUUUGACUAUUGUUUUUUUUUUCUUCUUGUGUACUUUUUGCAUGAUUUGUAGUUUCUAAUUAGAAUCGUUAAUCGUGA